UCCGCCCCGCCCUCCCGGUUUCCGCGCGCCUCUUUGGCAGCUGGUCACAUGGUGAGGGUGGGGGUGAGGGGGCCUCUCUAGUUUGCGGCCUGUGUCUAUGGUCUGGCCGGUGGCGUCCAGCUGUCCCGGACCCUGCUCAGGUGUAUGGCGCCCCAGGAACCGGUUCCGGGGCUCCGAUAACGGGCCGGGCCAGGCGUGCGGUUCGCUCCUGCACCAAGAAUGGCUACUUCUCGAUACGAGCCCGUGGCUGAAAUUGGCGUCGGUGCCUACGGGACGGUGUACAAGGCCCGUGAUCCUCACAGUGGCCACUUUGUGGCCCUCAAGAGUGUGAGAGUCCCCAAUGGAGGAGGCGCUGGAGGAGGUCUUCCUAUCAGCACAGUUCGUGAGGUGGCCUUACUGAGGCGGCUGGAGGCUUUUGAGCACCCCAAUGUUGUCCGGCUUAUGGAUGUCUGUGCUACUUCCCGAACUGACCGAGAAAUCAAGGUUACCCUAGUGUUUGAACAUAUAGACCAAGACCUAAGGACAUAUCUGGACAAGGCACCUCCACCAGGCUUACCAGUGGAGACCAUCAAGGAUCUGAUGCGCCAGUUUCUAAGAGGUCUGGAUUUCCUUCAUGCCAAUUGCAUCGUCCACCGAGACCUAAAGCCUGAGAACAUUCUGGUGACCAGUGGUGGAACAGUCAAACUGGCUGACUUUGGCCUGGCCAGAAUCUACAGCUAUCAGAUGGCCCUUACUCCUGUGGUUGUUACACUUUGGUACCGUGCUCCUGAAGUUCUUCUUCAGUCUACUUAUGCAACACCUGUGGACAUGUGGAGUGUUGGCUGUAUCUUUGCAGAGAUGUUUCGUCGAAAGCCUCUCUUCUGUGGGAACUCUGAAGCUGACCAACUGGGCAAAAUCUUUGAUCUAAUUGGGCUGCCCCCAGAGGAUGACUGGCCACGAGAUGUUUCUCUACCCCGAGGAGCCUUUUCUCCCAGAGGGCCUCGCCCAGUGCAGUCGGUGGUGCCAGAGAUGGAAGAAUCUGGAGCACAUUUGCUGCUGGAAAUGCUGACUUUUAACCCACACAAGCGAAUAUCUGCCUUCCGAGCCCUGCAGCAUUCUUAUCUACAUAAGGAAGAAGGUGAUCCAGAAUGAACAGUGGAGAGCUCUCAUUUACCAAACCCUUCUGGACACUUGAGCAGAGAGAAUGCCACAGAGAAGCCAAGACCUCGCCCUUCCUGUGAAGCUGUGAAAAUUCCUCCAGCUUUUUACAGAGAAUACUUGGUUGCCUUAAUGACAUUCCCCACCCACCAUUCCUCCUUUUGAGGUUUAUUCCCCCCCCCUUUCCAUUUCUCUACACUAAGGGGUAUAUCUUCUCCCUUCUCCCUAACUUGAUAUGAGACCUUUUUUUAUAUAGAAAACAAGACAAAAGAAAUAUGGUCUUUUUUUUUUUUUAAUGUUUCUCUGGUUGGCUUUGCCUUUGGGAGAUUUGGCCAACUGUUUACCAAAAGGAACUUCGCUGCAUAAUCCUAAAGACUUUCCUUAAAUUAUACAGGGCCUAGGCAGGCAGUGGAGUCCCUUGACUGGUGAAGAUUAGAAAGGAACUUUCAAGCAGCUUCUUUGAAUAUGGAGUUAAAAUGGCUUUUAUUUUUAUAUUCACUGAACCUCCUCACACAGGGUCCUGCCUAUGGCAAGAGUUCUUAGUGGGUCUGGUAAUGUAGCUCAGAGGUACAGCACAUAACCUAGCAUGUGUAAGGUCCUGGGUUCAGUACCCAACAAAUUACCUCCUCUUCAGAAAAGAAAAAAUUGUGGUUGGUUUCUUCCUAGUCUUCUUGAUUUUUACCAGGCUAAUGUAUUUAGCAUGUAAGAGUGUAGAGGGUAAACAGCAAUGAAUGACUCCGCCCUGACCCCCAUCUGUGCACUCCCAAGCUCCACUUGGAGUGGGAGAUAACUUUUCAUUCUCUUCCCUAUAGCCUUGCUCCCAUCAAAAUAUGCCAGGGCAUAAAGCCUAGCCAUUGAGUUUGGGGCGUUUGCAAAGGGCUUUGCCUUCUCAAAAAGAGUUCCAGACCCUAGGCUUUGACAGGGAGGAAUAAAAGGCUGAGAGCAGGAAAAAAGUCAGAAGGGUUCAAAGUCUCAUAGAAAGGCACUGGGGUUGGCUCGAGGAUCCUUCUGAUUCCGAAAUCUCAUUGCUAGCCAGACUCCAAGAAUCUAUAGGAAGAAAGGCAGAGAGAUGAUCAGUUUUGAACCUAGGGGUUAACACUUAAUGAAGGCUAUACAUGAGUGAACUGAAGAAUAUUACCUCUGUAAAGCUAAAGAAGAGUCCAACACCCCCUAGGAUUUUCAGGGCUUCAUCUGAAUGCUUCAGAAACUUCUCUCCACACAUCUGACAGGGAGAGCCUCUGCUCUUACACAUCUGAGGGUUAAAAAUGUGUAUGGAAUAUAAUGUUA